CUGUCUGCAAGCCGUUGUUUGCGGGCGCAGAUGUUAUAAGGUCAUAUCAUAUUUUGCUGAUUGUCGAUUGUAUUUGAAAGAGGGAUAAUAAAGACACAGCGUCAAUCUUGUUCUGAUGUUACAUUACGUCCAUGCAUUGCGAAUGCAAACCACAGCAGGAGCCAGGUUGAAUGCACCUCCCAUACACCUAACCCAUCAACUGACCUCACCUUAUUCCAACCUACUACUUACGUACGAGGAACUUGAAUUGCAGAGCAGCAAAACUAUUCUCAAGAAUAGAACAAACAAUUCAAGCCUAUAAUUGAGAAAUGGCGUUUGUUUACACUAUAUUUUACGGAAACCAUAAUUCGAACACCCAUCAAAUCACCACUAAUUACUCCGCGGUGCUGGCUUGUGAACUCAGAUCUUUCUUAUCUUAUCGCAACUAAAAGUUACUCCAACCUCUCAACUUCGUCCAUCCAUCUCUAUAACAAAUUCAACGUCGCCCUCCAUAUUCGAAAUCCUACUACCUAGGUAGGCAAUGAACCUUUCGGCCGGACCUCGGACUUACACAAUCUCUCUACCAGACCAAUUAUCAAUAAUGCUCACACAUCAUCUACCUCCAUCAUGACAACUCCUCCCGAUCCCGCCCUCUUAGCGACAACCAACGACUCGCUCGCACCUCUCAUCCCCAUCCUCAAUGGUUUCGCUCAUCGUCACAAGAACCAGCACUCUUCCACGCACUGGUGGUCCUCCUUCUCCAUACUACGCCGCGCAGUCCGCAACCUCGUCAACGACCUCAACUCACGGCCUAGAAAGGUGAAAUCUGGCGGUGUCAAGCGUGAUGUCCAUCCCGCUCUUGCGCGCGCAAAAUGGAUGAUGCGCCAUGUGGUCCCUGGCGCUUUCGUCACUUUCUCUCAACUUGCAGCUGAUAACCAGCAUGCGCCUCUCGGGCUGCUCCUCCUCUCAGUUCUUGCCCGAACCAACACUAUACUCUCCCAACUCGUCCCUGACCACGACCACAACCCUUCAAUCUCGAGUAGUGCAAAGCCAAUGCCUUCGGAGCCAAGUAAACAUAAGGCAUCCGACUUAAGAGCGGACGACGCACCUAAUGCCGGAGUGGAUAUGGGCGUAGCCAUUUCGCGCGAAGAGCUUAUGUCAACUCAGAAGGAAACGAAACCAGUACCGACGGCAGACUCCCGCUCGAAAGACCUCAAGCUGAAAGAACACGAGGCCAAAACGACACAUAUAGACGCUAAGAAGAUCCCGUCCAAAAGUGACACCAUAGACAAACCAAGAAAGAAAACGAAGAACAGUGAUGAAUUGUCCAGUCUCUUCGGCUCUCUUUCAUCGAAAAAUGGCGCUGCAGAUAAGCCCAAAAAGAAAAAGAAGAAAGGCGACGCAUUUUCCAGCCUCUUCGACUCUCUAUGAUGAUAUUAUGUCAUUUACUAUACACACACAUUUCGAGUUUGUGCAUCAUAUGACGAACAAUGUCCUUAUCAGCAACCACUACAAAUACAGCAAACUGUUCAAGGACUGGUGAUUUUCAUUAUAACACACUGCAAGAUUAGAAACAAAAAAGUUGCAAACGAGUAGGUAUGGUCCACUCUACGUUCAUCCUGCUCUCCAAAUACCCCAUGUCCCUGUGCGCCUCUUUGGAAGAUCAUGCUUCGCGCCGUAAGUUGAGCGUAUGGAGCUUGUUUCCUGUAUCCGAUAUCCAAGUAACAAGAAUUUCUGUCGCUCACUCUGUUUAGCCACCACGUGAAAAGCAGAAUGCUUCCCCUCAAAGAUAUCCGUCCCAGUACAGCCACCGCCGCCAAGCACAUCACUUUUUCUCCGUCAUGUAUCAGUUCGCCCUUGUUCAUGCCCCUGUCCUUCUCUAGUCACAGCAUCUAAAAAGCAACCCAUUGAGCCGGUUCCUUGUUUAGUCAGGAAUAGGGACGGUAAGACCAGAUACGAGCCUUCAUGUCGCCAGAGCCAGUGGCAAAGUAUCUUCCUUGCGGGCUAGGUGCAACACUGAUAACGGAGUUCUUAUGUCCCUGCAGCAUGAGUUGCGUCGUACCCGUUCUAGGGUCCCAGAACUGGACACCACGGUCCUUGGAACCUGAAAGUACCCAGUUGGCCUCGGGGGUGAGAGCAACUGAUAAAACAAAAUCGCGGUGACCCUCGAAGGUUUUGACGCACUUGCCACCCUUCGGGCCAGGCUGGUUUCCUUGACGAGGGGCACUGAGCUCCCACAUCUUGAUAGUCCUGUCGAGACUGCCAGAAACCAGGUCCUUACCGCUGGGCGAGAAGGCAACCGAGUAGACACUAUCCUUGUGACCAUCAGGUCCUUCCAGACGCUCGACAAGGAAGCCGGAAUGGAUGUCCCAUACACGUACACUCUUGUCGAGUGAGCCUGCAGCAACGAAUUGGGUAUCAGGAGAGAUGGCAACAGUCGUGACGCCAUCCUCUAUUGUAAGAGUGAGGGUGUUUGUGCCUUGUUCAAUAUCCCACAGGCGUACAGUUCUGUCGCCACUGCCUGAGGCAAUUGUUCGACCAUCACGAGCAAAAUCCAGCGAAUAAAUGUCUUGCUCGUGACCAGAGAAAUGAUUUCGAAUGGUUCGCGUUUGGAUAUCCCACACCUAACCAAUAUUACACCAGUAGCAAGAUAGCGACCAU